CGUUGUCAACGCCAAUCAAACUGCAGCAAAUAUGAGCUUAAAAAAGUUCAUCCCUUAAAAAGAGUUUAAAAAAACUCAGAAAACAAACCUAGAAACAUAAGAAUCCGCCCGGACCUUAGCAUUUGGUCUGUCUAUUUUUUCUGCAAGAGUAACCAAGGAAGCCUUUGUGUCGAAAAGUUAAUAAAAAAUUGUUUUCAAUGGCAGAUGAAUCGGAUAAAAACUGUCCUCCUACUGAGCAGGAUGCAGCUUCGGAGGCUACAUCUUCUGAUCCUAAGGAAAGUUUAUCAGCUUCUGAUCCAGAAGAAAGAUUAUCAGCUUCUGAUUCCUCACCAACUACAGGUGGGGUCAGCCUUAGCUUGGAUGAGAGGUUCAGUCUGGUGCGCAGCGUGGGAGAAGAAUGCAUUCAAGAAAGCGAGCUGUUGGCGCUCUUGGAGAAAAAAAAGGAGCCCAUCUGUUAUGAUGGCUUUGAACCCUCUGGCCGGAUGCAUAUUGCUCAGGGAGUCAUGAAAGCAAUAAAUGUAAACAAGUUGACAGAUGCUGGCUGCAUUAUGAAAAUAUGGAUUGCCGAUUGGUUUGCGCAGCUAAAUAAUAAGAUGGGAGGUGAUUUGAAAAAAAUUAGGACUGUAGGUCAGUACAUGAUUGAAAUCUGGAAAUCAGUUGGUAUGAAGCUUGACAGAGUGCAAUUUCUCUGGUCGUCGGAUGAGAUCAACUCACGAGCACAUGAGUAUUGGCCACUUGUCAUGGAAGUUGCACGAAACAAUAAGCUCCCAAGGAUUUUAAGAUGUUGCCAAAUAAUGGGUCGUAGUGAACAAGACGAGUUAACUGCUGCUCAGAUAUUCUAUCCGUGCAUGCAAUGUGCUGACAUUUUUUUUCUGAAGGCUGAUAUCUGUCAGCUGGGCAUGGACCAACGUAAAGUAAACAUGCUGGCAAGAGAGUUUUGCGAUGAUACCAAAAGAAAAUUCAAACCAAUAAUACUAUCUCAUCACAUGUUGUCUGGACUACAACAAGGACAGGAAAAGAUGUCAAAGAGUGAUCCAAGUUCUGCUAUCUUCAUGGAGGAUGAAGAGGCAGAAGUGAAUGUGAAGAUAAAAAAAGCUUUUUGUCCUCCAAAUGUAGUUGAGGGAAAUCCGUGCCUGGAGUACAUUCAAUACAUUAUUUUUCCAUGGUUUAAAAAAUUUGAAGUACAGCGCGCAAAGGAAAAUGGCGGUAACAAGACCUAUACUACCAUGAAAGAGUUAGCAACAGAUUAUGAAGCAGGAGCAUUGCAUCCAGCUGAUGUCAAACCAUCUCUAUCAAAGGCUUUGAACCAAAUAUUGCAGCCUGUACGUGACCAUUUCAAAACUAAUGCAGUAGCUAAAGAUUUGCUGAAGAGAGUUAAGGCAUACAGAAUUACCAGGUGAUAGAGACCAAAUCAAUCGCUCAAUACAGCUUUUGUACUGCAAACUGAAGAUCUAGUAGGCUAACGAUCAACUGCAUUCUUUGUGGGCAGUAUCAUUUACUACCAUUUGUUAAAUCUUUUUUGCUAAUUCCGUUUUUAUCAAUUUGAGGGCUACACUACUGCUGACAAUAUAAAUAUACUUUUUUUAAUAUAUAUCAGAUUCAAGCUGUCAGAAGGCAUGAACUUAGAAGUUGAAAUUACAAAAUUGAAUCCCAAAAGGCCAUAUUUGGUAAAUCUUAUUUUGUUUGGUCAUUGUUUGUUGUUCAGACAUGGCUUAAACUUAAUCGUAAACUGAAUCAUGUGUCUAUGUAAUCUCACACCAUUAUGGGCAUGUGCAUAACCAACCCUUGCCAUGUAGGCCAUUGAAGAUUUUUUAUCAAUUUUAUUGAACUAUGCAUGAAGAAUGCUCCUUAUGCACGUAAUAUCUCAUGCCUUUAUUUUUA